UCUGGCCAGUGCAACGUAUUAUGUAGCUAUUCCGCUAGGACGGUGGGGCAGCACUUGAAGCCAUUACAGCCAUGAUGACUUCCAGUCCGGAGGAUUCUCUUUCGAUCGCGUCUGAUACAGAGCAAAAGGCGAGGGCGUAUAGUACCGUUGAUAGCAUCGCCAACAGCAAGAAUGAAGGGGAACACCUCAUCGCUACCGUUAAACAUGCAAAUCAUAUCCACCGACCAAAAGCCUGGGUCGCAGUCUUCGGUGGCAUUCUCACACAUCUAUCAAUUGGGAGCUACUUUACAUUCGGUAAUAUGAAUCCUUACAUCACAUCCUACAUACGUGUCUACGGGGAACAGACUAACUUGACCUAUGGAACCUCAGUCUGGAUCUACACUGCGCUCAUCAUCGGACUCGCUGUUGCCAAGGUGUUUGGUGGUUACUUAGGUCGGAAGAUUGGCUGUCGCCUCACAGUCCUACUCGGGAGCGUGAUCAGCAGCUCGGGAGUAGCUCUGACGUACUACACAUGCCAUGACGUCAGGCUGAUGGUGCUGACGUAUGGUCUGAUGGUGGGACUGGGCAAUGGAAUCAUCUACAUCAACCCUAUUCUCAAUGCAAUGAAGUGGCUCCCUAAUCACAAAGGUUUGGUCAGUGGCAUUGUGGUGGCUGGUUUCGGCGCAAGUAGCAGCAUUUUUACGCAAGUACAGACGCUGUACAUCAACCCGGACAAUCUGGUGCCGAAUGUGAAAGGAGAGGCAAACGACAGCUGUCAAGAAGACGAGCUAUAUUUCAAUGAUGCAUCUCUACUGCAGCGCGCACCUGGCCUCUAUCUAAUGUUGGGUGGCAUCUAUUUAGGUCUACAGCUUUCAGGCUGCUUGCUGUUGCUGACUCCACCACCUGAAAAAGAGCCUGCUCAAGAGAAGAGUCAGGAUGUUGAAAGUCAACGCACCUCGCCCAAGUACCAAAUAGACUGCACUAUGCUCUGCUUCGCCUGGCAGCUUGGGGAAAUCCCAGUUACUUCACAUGAUUCGUCGACCGACGCCAGUGGACUGUUUGGACGGAGUCUGAGACCGAUGGAAGCAAUGAGAACACUGAUAUUCCCAGUAUUGUGGUUGACCUUCCUCUUCAAUGGACAGGCAGUUGUUUAUGUGAUAAAUAUCUACAAGACAUUUGGGCAGACCUUCAUCGCCGACGAUGGUUUCCUGGCUAUGGUUGGAACCGUGUCAUCGCUGGCUAAUAUGGCGUCGCGGAUUUUCUGGGGUGCAGUGGUUGACAAAUACUCUUACAAGAGCACUAACCUCAUCCUGAGCAGUUUUUGCACAGUGCUUCUCAUCACGUUCUACUUCAGCACGAGCCUGGGCAAGGUGGCCUACCUGCUCUGGGUGUCAGCUCUGUUCUUCUCGAUCGGUGGAAACUACACGCUUCGGCCCCUGGUGACAGCGACGACUUUUGGUCCCAAAUACGCUGGACAAAUCUAUGGCCUCCUGUUUUCGUCACAGAUUCUUGGAAGCAUCGUUGCUACCACUGUUCUCUCUCAGCACACAUGCAAUAUUGGCUACGGUGGAAUACUCGCUCUCUGUGGAGGUCUGCAGUUCGCAUCUGUUGUUCUCACCCUACUAUAUCCGGCGAGCAACUAACUUCCAAAAAGUCCAUGGUUGAUUUCUGCGUGUACAAUGUACUUUCAACACAUAGUAUGUCAUGUACUUAGUAGAUAAAAUCUGCAGGGUACAUGGCUACAGUUCAUCACAGUAAUCAUCAAGAAGGAGGUGCAUGGCAUGGCUCUGAAGCUGGCGCACAAAAUGAUCACAUCAGACACCAGACCUCUGUCCGAUGAUCAAUCACAGCUUUUCAACUUGGCUCUGAGUUCAAACAGAGAUCUCUUGUUGAUGAUUCCUAUGCACUAUGCAGCAUGAGACAUUGAGCAUUAUUUGACUGCAGCCGGCAACCGUCUUCAGUGAGUUGUUAUCAAUAGUACACUCGAAUGUCUCUUAUCCGGCCGCCUUGGGACCAAGCACUGCCCGUAUCUCAGAUUUGUCCGUGUCUCAGAACAGCCCAUCUACCAUGUACCAUGACAUUGUAUUAUUAUCAGUUUUUUUUUAGUAAAGCAACUCAGCAUCACAGUUACAUGUACAUGUAGCUGCUU